AUGGAUGGAUUAGAACCCAUGGAUGUGGACCAUCAGGCACAGUCCAGAGCACCUCGCCUUUUGGGAGAUACUGAUAUCGCAGCAAUAAUUGCAGCUAUAAGGGAGGACCAACCAGGAUCGUCUGCAUCAGCGCAGACACCCGCUUCGAAUCCUUCGUUUGUGCGCAAAGGAUAUGCGUCGCAAUUCGAGUUCAACGACUCAGUCAUGAAGAAUCUGACAAAAAUCAACAAGAAUGGACUGAGAAGGGAAGACGAGGAUCUACUCCAAGCGGCAAUAGAGCUAAUUAAGGUGAGGAACGAGACGCUGAAGAUAGCUGAUAAACAUCCAGGUGUUUUCUCUUUCCUGGACAGUAAGAAACAGGCGGAAGCUGUCAAAUCUUCAGACCCGUUCCUCUCAGAGUUUCUGGAACAAGUUCAUAAGGAAGAAAAAGCAACAAAGAAGAAAAGACCAUCUCUUCCCGAAUCGUCGUCCCAGCCCUUUCGAGGGCGGGAAUCGGCUUGGCGCCCCGACUCCCGAUUUUUCAGCUACAACCAAAGUUCAGAUCUUAUCCUCGUUUGGAACGACAGAGAUAUGGAAAUAGCUUCACGCCUCGCGAACCUUACCAGAAAUACCGCAAAGACAGACAGGAAAGACCAAGGAGUCUUUGUUUCUUGUGCGGGCACGAGGGACAUUGGAGAGAUGAGUGUCCAAGAAGGAAGUAAGCUUGUGGCAAAUGGUGCAGUAAAAGAGGUCGCACAUUCUCAACGUUCCGACAUAUUCGUACAUCCACUCAGCGUAGCAGAAGGUAAGAAGUUGAGACUUGUACUGGAUCUCAGCUAUCUUAACAAGAAUGAGUGCGACAAGAUCUCGCAAGAUAUCAGAAGGGACCUCAAGGACUUUGGAUGGUUCGAAGCCAAAGAAAAAUCGGAGUGGAGACCAAAUAGAAUUGAAAGAGCUGAAAGAAUUCUUUGGCGCAUGUUGCGAGAAAAAGCUCCCUCUUUGCAUACCAGAAUGAGAUGGGAGGGAUCCUUGGCAUCCAUGAGCUUAGUUAUUUCAGACAAAGACAAAAGACGAUCCAGAGCCAUAACAACGGCAGUAGCAGAAGCACAAUCUAGUGUUGGUGUCCGUUCACCUCAGGACUUGACGCUUUUCAAUCAACGACUGCGUGGUCAGGAUAUUCCCUUUGGUUAG